CAUACUAUGAUCAAUGUUAUUCAUUCCUUUUAUUGUUAAUUCAGAACUCACAAACGUCUAAAUUCUUAAUAUAGUCUAUCAUAGAUCAAUUUCAAUGUGUGAGAGAGCUAGUGAUAGCGGUGUACAAAAACCGUCAUCUCUCCCCACGACGUUGAGUCAUCGGAGGAAUAGGACCGUGCCACGACGAACAUUAUUAAAGCAACAUAGGGCAAGAAAAAGUAUUGAAAGAUGGAAAUCUGAGCCUUGUCUUUGGAGAGAUAUUAAUGGAGUUGGAGGUGAAAAUGAAGAUGAUCGUUGUUGGGAUGCGACGACGACGUCGUUGGAGGUCCUUUUCCGGCCACAAACUUGUUCGGAUUUAUUUUUCUCAUCGGAUUAUCUUAAUGUUCCUUCUCCAAUGAGUACUCAGGAGUACAAGAAAGAUGCAAAAGUUGUGGUUAAUGUGACAGUUGAGGGCACUCCUGGACCAAUUAAAACCAUGGUCAAGUUGGGAUCAAAUGUUGAAGAGACCAUAAGACUUGUCCUAAAUAAAUAUAAAGAAGAAGGUCGAAGUCCUCAUCUUGAUGAUUCUUCAUCAUUCAAGUUGUACACUUCUCACUUUAGUCUUGAGAGCUUGAAUAAUUCAGAUGUGAUUGGAGAUGUGGGAAGUAGAAGCUUUCACAUUCGCAAGAGUAAUAGUAACAAUGGAAAUAAUUCGAUAGAAUUAAAUUCCAAUCCAUUUCUUGCUCUGAAGAUCAACAAAUUCAUAGAAGGAACAAGCAAUAUUUGGAAAUUCCUUAGUUGCAUACAUUGUUUUGAAUAAUCGCCGCAGGUGAGACGCGAAUUUAAAAUUUAAAAUUUAAAAUUCUGAUGUUUAUUAUUAUAUCAAAUAGAGGUGGAAUCAAUAUAUAAAUUCUAAGCACAUUCAUUAUGUUGUAUGUAUCAAACCAUAAUAAAUAAUAAAUCAAUGUAUAUUUCAUUAACUGUAUAAUUAUGACAAGGAGUAAUUAAUGGGAUAAUUUCAUAGCUUGUUUGGAUGUUUGCUACCUGUUG